AGAGAAUAUUUUCAUACUCCAGACUCCCAGCGUAGGUAGAAGAUGGCAGCCGAGGCGUGAUUCGAGACCAGGACUUCUUCUCUCUCUCUGGCCGCGCGCGCUAGUAGGGGGUAUCUUUUCGUCUCGUAACGCCGAGCGGACGUCCGCGGAAGUAGUACGCUAGCGUGGUGCAUUAUCGCGUGUCCAGUGUACCAGCUUGCUCGAGAAAAUGUCCUAAAAGAGGACCGCCGUCGCCGUGUUACACAUCGUUGUCGUGCCGUCUCGCGGUCGCAGCUACGCUCUCUCUGGUCUACCGUUCGCACCCGCCAGAGAGCCGUGCACGGUACUACCGCAGCACACACAUCGGGUGUUAUACUCAUGAUCCGACCGGCGACCAGGUAGUAUCGCUGAUUAUUAUGCGCGACAUGAGCAAAACCGGAAGCAGCGCCGUCAUCGUAGUGUUUCACGAGCGUCAUGUAAAAUGGAAUUAAACAAUGUUGUUAAGACGUAAACAUGUUUUGGGUACACUGUGGACUCUUUGUUCUCGUGAUUGCCGUACCUGGAUUUAUUAGCAGCGCCGACAGCACGUCCAAGCGAGACACCGAUUACACGUUAGAUGAUUCCUAUUGGAACGAAGAAACCCAACCUGGUGAGGUCGAACGAUUACUGCGAGAGUAUCGACAAAACCAAGAGCUAGUACGAAAUAUCGGCGCCAAUUACUAUCAGAUCAUCUAUCCAGUACAGUUACGGCAUCACGAGAAAAUGGGGAUAUCCACGAGAGAAGUCGGCGUUUCUAAGUUUCCUCAAAGAGGAUACGGGGAGGGAGGAUAUCAAAACUCUAGAGGCAGAUUAAGAAUAGGAAGGCACUUUCACCGGACGUCUCUCCUGAUCAAGGCCUUUAAUCAUAAAUUUCGCCUAGAUUUAGAAUUAAAUACGCAACUUUUAGCUCCGAAUCUUAUACAAAAAGACUUUUUAGUCAACGGUGCGGAACAAAGUUCUAAACAGGAGAUAGAACAUUGUUAUUAUCAUGGCACCGUCAGAGAUUAUCCAGGAGCUACCGCCGCUUUUCACACGUGUAACGGUGUCAGUGGUGUCAUACAUUUAGGCAACGAGACUUUUGUCAUUCAUCCGUUCUACGGCGGUGAUCUGUCGCAGAAACAUCCUCACGUUAUAUUUGAAGCUCGAACAAAAGCGGACAAAGGCUGCGCUAACUUGGGAAAUCUUGAGUGGCGUACGAAGAACCGUCGGCAGAAGCAUGUUUUGUGGCUAUCGGAAAGCACUUCCGAUCGGUACAAGAGAGACGUCCGUGAAGCAACCAAAUACAUCGAAACUGCCAUCAUUAUCGAUAAGGCUAUGUUUGACAAAAGAAACGGUAGCACCAGAGCCGAGGUUGUUCACGAUGCCAUCCAAGUUGCAAAUAUCGCGGAUUUGUAUUUCCGUACAUUAAACACUAGAGUCUCCGUCGUAUACAUCGAAACCUGGCAAGGUGGUAACCAAGCGGAAAUCAAUAAAGAUAUGGAUAUUGGUGAAGCUUUGCUAAAGUUUAGUGAUUAUAUGUUUCGGAGGGUAUACAAUGUUGCUCAGGACACCACCCAAUUGCUUACGGGUGAGACUUUCUCAGGUGGAGAAUCAGGGGUGGCUGUACCGCAAACUGUGUGCAGCCAAAAAUCCAUAGGAAUCAGCGUCGAUUUAAAUACUUACGAACCCCAUCUUUUAGCUGGUACGAUGGCUCACAUGAUAGGUCAUAACAUUGGCAUGCACCAUGACGAUGGACGAAACGAGUGCAGCUGCUACGAUUGGCACGGAUGUAUCAUGGCACAAUCCAUCGUCGGCUUGCAAAACGUUCAACCCUACAAGUUUUCCGAAUGUAGUAAAAAAGAUUACAUAGAAACUUUAAAAAGCGGCGCCGGCAUUUGCCUUUUUAAUAAACCAAACGAGUUAGAGGUCAGGAGAACAUGCGGAAACAGGGUAAUAGACGACGGGGAACAAUGCGACUGCGGUACACUCGAGGAAUGUCACGAACUCGAUCCUUGCUGCGAUCCGAUCACCUGUAAACUCACAUCGGAGGCCGAAUGCGCUUCCGGACCUUGUUGUAACAAUUGCAAGUUACGUGCACGCGGCGUCAUUUGCCGCGAAUCAACGAACGAGUGCGAUCUUCCGGAAGUUUGUUCCGGAGAAACAGGUCAAUGUCCAGCGGAUGUUUAUAAGAAAAACGGGAAUCCAUGCUCGAAUAACGCUGGUUACUGCUUCAACGGUGUCUGCCCGGCUUUGAAUCUUCAAUGCGAGCAGGUUUGGGGCUACAGCGGUAUCGCAGCUGACAAGCAAUGCUUCGAACAGUUCAACUCGAAGGGUUCCAUCAACGGCCAUUGCGGCACCGACGCUUCCGGUCAUUUCGUCAAAUGCGAGUCGGAUAACGUUCGUUGCGGAUCCCUUCAAUGUCAACAAGGCUACAAGCAACCUGUUAUCGACGGAAUGGAUCAACUUUAUUCUGUUACGAUUAUAACGAUGAAGGGUCAGGAAUACGAGUGCAAGUAUGUAUUGAGAAAGAUUGACGAGAUCAAAAAUUCGAUGAAUAACGUUUUCCUCUUACUUAGAUCGACGACUGGGAAGGUAGAAGGUUCCGAAAUGCCAAGUUGGGGAUUGGUUCGUGACGGCACGUCUUGCGGUGAUAAUCUGAUCUGCGUAAAUCAAACUUGUACGAGCCUUUUCCUACACAUAAAUCAAGAUAAAUGUCCCAGUAAUCACAAUAACAACGAAUGCUCAGGAAAUGGCGUAUGCACAAAUACCAAUAAGUGCUAUUGUAACCCUGGCUGGAGUGGAACGGACUGUUCCAUACAGCAGGACAUUCCAACUAUAGUACCAGCAGCUCCCACAACCGAACCAUCGGAUGAAGGUAGCUCAACUCCUAAUAUGGGGAAGAAAGAGACCCCCUACGAGAACUACCACGGCUCUAACACUGUAUUUUUAGUUGGUAUGCUCAUGUCGGUGGUAGGGGGUGUUUUCAUAGUAUUUGCUCUGAUGGCUCUCUGCUACAGGUCAGUCGUAGUACAUAAAAACUUCUCCCUCUGUCUCAGAAGAAAGAGCACCAUCCAGAAGUAUGAUCAACCGUACUCGAAGAAGCCACCACAGAAAAGCUACACCGGGGUUUCGAGCAACCAUCACCCAGAAGAAGCGGUACUCGACAGAGUGAACAAGAUCCUCGCCUUUGAGAGAAUGCCUCAGUACAGCCGCGGCGAGCCCCAGCGCGUGCUGUUUCGGCCCCCGAAUAACGUCGCCGCUGCAGACGGGCCAAGACUCAAAGAGCACAAACCGCAGAUGAAGAGGCGCGACGUAAACGAGGAGGAAGGAGGUACGGGGGCAGAGGAGGUUGUCUCUUUCAUUGAUGUCUCACCAAACAAUCUGACAAAGUUGCCUGAGAAGGGAAUUUUAAAGAAACACGGUGGUUAUGGUAGAGGCGGCAUCUCCGAAGUUGAACGUACGUUGAAUCAAUUGAACGGCUAUCACGAGAAUAUAAUCGAAGUAUUGAGAAACGCUGGUAUCCGUCGCGAUCCAUCGGAGGCUCCAUCGGGAAGUGGUAACCUUCUUGACAACGAGGCAAUCCGUAAAUCAUUGGUCGACUGCUAUCCCGAUUCUUAUUGCAAGGAUACGGACGAACACGAUCACAUGGACAACAUGGAUAAUCAGGACGACGAGGAUGUGGACGUAGGGUUACAACCAUGCGGUACGAUACGCAUACGUACUCUCGAGGAUAUCAUCAAGCAGCUGGAACGUCAUUCGGUUCGACAUAUGAGCCCGAGCGGCUCCGAAGAGAUUAGAAUGUCUGAGAGCGAAGGGGAUCGUCAUUACAGACUCGACUCUUCUGUCUGUAGCGAAUCCUCUCAAGGAAGCAGAAGGUGUAGCCGCGGCCGAGACGAUGACCCUAGACUCGUCUACGGUAGAUAUUGUCAGCCAUCGUCUCGAAGUCCUUACGGUACUCAUCAGCACACUCGUCAACACACUCAUCAAAUGCACGAGGAGGAGGGUAUCUAUGAAACUGCCGAUCCCGACAGAGGCUCGAAUACUAGGGGUGAAACGCCCGAUAGUGAAAGUGAAAUAUUCGCAGAGUAGUUUAAUCGAUCAUUGGAAACCUCGACGUGUUCAGUUGGAAAGAUAUCUCUCUCUCUCUCUCUCUCUUUCUCUCUCUCUUUCUCUCUUUCUCUCUCUGUCUUUCUUUCUCUAGAUAUGUAUAUAUAUAUACACACAUAUAUACACACACAUAUAUAUAUAUGCAUAUCUACUAUGUUCCCUACUCUCUGUGAUCCCUUCAUCAUAAUUCCCAUAAAAAUUCCUAUCGUACGAUAGUUAUCGCGAGUCCUAAUUCCAAAUAUCACGUUUUAACGUGCAUUCAGAUAAGGAUCGGUGCAUGGACAAACGAUUAUUAAGAAUAAUAUACAAAUAGCCCUUAAAAAUCUAUCACAAAAUUGAAUAUGUGUCUACAAUAAAAGCCAUAUGAAUGAUUGUACUUCCCGGCUACACCACGCGAACACUGCGAACGCGUAAAUGCAAUUAAAUAUAACGAUAAAAGAAAACAAAUAACACACUAACGACAAUCGAAUUUCAAUACCCUAUAUAAAUAUCCAUUGAUAAUAAAUGAAAAUGUUGGUCUUACACGUAGAAUUCCUGAAAACAUUUGGACGCUGCUCCUUGCGAGCCACCCGAUUCGUUGAAAGGUAAUAUUUCGAUAUCCAAGAUCGCGAAAUGAAUAAUGAUCGAAGCAGCAAGGAUCAUAUAUCCAAAAAUCGAAGUAUAAAUAGACUCGGCAUAGUCCUUGCCCGGUGGAAAAAAAAAAAAGAAAACUUUACAACAGAUACUACGAGUUUAUGCAUUCUCCAAACUAUGUAGCUUUGAAUGUACAAACGGGGGUAAUUCGUUCGUCGAAAAUUAAUUAGCAGCUUUCCGACAACAACUUUCCGUUAAUUUUUCAUACGAAGCGAGAGAGAAUUGAAGCAGGAACUAAAGUGUCAGACUAACACACCAACUUUCGCAUGCUAUAUACUCUAUAUAUUUCAGUUGCUUCUGUGAUCCGCUGUGAAUGUGUAGAGAAUAAUAUGAACUAAAUUAACAUUUGCGCAGCUAUUUUAUCGACGCGUUGGCAUGGCUAUUAAAAGUGGGCACUAUAAAUGAUUCGUAUAUAUUAAAAAUAUGUUAGAUAGAUCGAACUGUUCCGAACAAAAAAAAUUAUGGCUCGUGGUAAAAAGAAAAAAAAAAAGAAAACAAAGAAAAAAGAAUAAAUAAAAAUUAAUGAAUAAAUAAU